AUGGCUGCACCUGCUACUCAAUCCGCCCCCAAGGCCCCAAAGAAGAAGCUUGCCAGCGCUGUCGGCCGUGACAAAUCGCCUGCUCCCAGCAUUGGCUCUGGUGCUGCUGCCGACUCUCAAGAUGAGGGCUUUGACAGCCCGUACAUUAAGGAGCUGCAGAAAAACAUACGCAAUCUGAACAAGAAAAUUGCGCAUGCAUCCAAGACCGACUUGCUUCUCAGUGAGCACGCUGGCAAGUCUCUCGAAGAGUUGGUUCUCUCCAGGGUUAUCAAUGCGGAUCAGAAGGCCCAGAUACAGAAGAAACCUGCCCUGCAGGCUCAGCUGGCUCAGACCGAGGAGCAGCUGGCACAAUAUCAGAAGGUGCACGAGCAGUAUCGCUCGCGGGCUUUAGCCGACAAGGCCGAAUGGGACAAGUCCCUGGAUAAAGUGAAGGCGGACGCCGUCGCCAAAGCUCUGGCUGGGUUCCAGAAAUCCUUGCAAGACAAGCUUCUCACCUUGUCGCAGUUCUUGCGACUUGCUGCCUACCGUCGCGAAGAGGCCAGUGACCCCGAAUCGGACGAAAACCAGGCCAUAGAGGGCGUGCUCUUUGCAAUAUACGCAGGCGAUGAGAGCGCUGUCUCGUCCAUGCUCAAAUUGGUCGAGGGCACAGACGACAAGGUUUUGAGCGUUCCAGGAGAGCAGCUACAAACAAGCUAUUCUGUUGUCAAGACCCUCGCCCAGGGAUACAAAGUGGCUAGCCAAAAUGACGACGCUCAGCCGGUCGAGGCAGAGGCAGACAUUGGUGUAGCUGAUUCUGCUCAGGCCCAUGCCAGGGAGACCGAGGCUCCCUCGGAGACAGCUUCUGCGCAUAGCGGGCAGGAAACUCCCCAAGUCACCAGCAACGGAUUCGCGAAUGCCGGUGUCGCGGGUGACACUGCCAAUGCCGCAGGGGAUGCACAAUGGGAUGCGGAGAACAGUCUUUCAGCCUCACAGGAGUGGGUUGACGUAAAAGUACCACAGGACCCUUGCGAGAACGAGACUGUCUCAAACGAUACGCCUGCCGCCGAUGCGAAUCCGCAGUCCUGGGCUGAUGAGCAACCCGAGGCCAGCAAAUCCUCAACUUUGGCGGAUUCCAACGAGGGUUUCCACCAGGUGCAGCGCAACAAGAUCCGCCAAGACCGCGAUGGGAACGGCAACUGGCGGGGCCGCGGACGAGGCGAGCAUCGUGGCCGCGGUGGCCACCGAGGAGAUGGUCGCGGCCGUGGAAGAGGCCGGGGUAGUAUGCCUUCCAGACCUCGUCGACAGGAAGAGGCAUAA